AUGUUGAAACCCGGGGGGAGUUGUCCUACAGGAGGUUACUGGAGUGCAGAGUGCCCGACUCCCAUUUCCAGCAAGAUGCCUUAUUUUGCAAAACUCCUUUUAUUAACGCUUUGCUUAGUUCUUCUCGUGGAAAGCAGAAAACACAGGAGGAGGAGGUGGACGAGCCCGCUGGAGGUGCAGAGGGCAAGUCACAUCUUUAAGAAGAAUCAUGACGUGACCAAAACCUGGAAAGGAAAGACAGAGCAGCUUCUCAGAGUCGACGACCAUGACUUCACCAUGCGGCCAGCUUUUGGAGGCCCUGCAAUUCCUGUUGGGGUGGAUGUGCAAGUUGAAAGCUUGGACAGUAUUUCUGAGGUUGACAUGGAUUUCACUAUGACUCUGUACUUAAGGCACUACUGGAAAGAUGAGCGUCUCUCAUUUCCCAGCACCACCAACAAGAGCAUGACCUUUGACGGCAGGCUAGUGAAGAAGAUCUGGGUCCCCGAUGUCUUCUUCGUGCAUUCCAAAAGGUCCUUCAUUCAUGACACCACCACCGACAACAUCAUGCUGCGAGUGUUCCCCGACGGUCACGUCCUCUACAGCAUGAGGAUCACAGUGACAGCAAUGUGCAACAUGGACUUCAGCCGCUUCCCCCUGGACUCUCAGACGUGUUCUCUGGAGCUGGAAAGCUAUGCUUACACUGAUGAAGAUCUGAUGCUAUAUUGGAAAAAUGGGAACGAAUCUCUGAAAACCGAUGAAAAAAUUUCUUUGUCUCAGUUUUUGAUACAAAAAUUCCACACUACUUCGAGACUGGCUUUCUACAGUAGCACAGGUUGGUACAAUCGCCUCUAUAUAAACUUCACUUUACGCCGACACAUCUUCUUCUUCUUGCUCCAAACCUACUUCCCCGCCACUCUCAUGGUGAUGUUGUCCUGGGUGUCCUUCUGGAUCGAUCGCCGAGCGGUUCCUGCCAGAGUCUCUUUGGGGAUAACCACCGUGCUGACC